UAUUAUUUCCAUUUUCAUUAUAACAAAAAAUACUUUCAAUCAUCCAAUUAAUUUAAUUAAAAAAAAAUGAAAUUCGGGAAAAGUUUAAGCAAUCAAAUAGAAGAAACAUUACCUGAAUGGAGGGAUAAAUUCUUAUCUUAUAAAGAACUUAAAAAAUGCUUAAAACUUAUUAAUCUUAAUCCUAAUAAUAAAUCUUUUUCUUCUCCUGUUCAUGACGAUGAUUCUGAUCGUCCGGCGAAGAGGACACGUGUCUCCGGUGACGAAUCGGAGAUGUCGACUGAAGAGAUUGAUUUUGUUGAGCUAUUGGAACAGGAAGUUGAGAAAUUUAAUUCUUUUUUUGUUGAAAAAGAAGAAGAGUAUAUCAUCAAAUUGAAGGAAUUGCAGGAUAGUGUCAAGAAAGCCAAGGAUUCAAACGAAGAGAUGAUCAAGAUACGAAAAGAAAUUGUCGAUUUUCAUGGGGAGAUGGUUUUGUUGGAAAACUACAGUGCUCUUAACUAUACAGGAAUAGUUAAGAUACUGAAGAAAUACGACAAAAGAACAGGAGCUCUGCUUCGUUUACCUUUCAUUCAAAAAGUUCUACAGCAACCAUUUUUCACCACUGACUUGAUUUUCAAGCUAGUGAAGGAGUGUGAGGCAAUGCUAGACCGCCACUUCCCUCUAACCGAACUGCCAUCUCUAUUUGAUGAAGUUGGCACUGAUACUAGUGGUGGUGAUGGUGUAGACGAGGGGCCGACCACCAGUGCAGAAGCCAAUGAGGGACCAUUAAAAGCGAAAGAACUUGCUGAACUUGAGUACAUGAAGAGCUUGUACACAAAGAGCACCAUUUCGGCGUUGAGGGCUUUGAAAGAAAUCAGAAGCAAGAGUUCCACGGUUAGUGUCUUCUCAUUGCCACCUUUGCAAGCAAGUGGUAUAGAAGAAGCUUGGAAUAAGCUUCCUCUUCAUGAACAACUAGCAAAAUAACAUGCAUGUAGGGUAUGCAUGAGCUGUUUUACAUGUUCAAAUUGAAUGCACCAAUGGUGCUCUGUAUUAGAUGCUAACUACGGCUGUAAAAUAGUAAAAUACAUAGAUGAUGAUGAUAAUUAACCACAUGAUGUAACUUUUGUCUUCCCUUGCCUACUGUUGAAGACAAUCCUUUCUGUGUAUUUGUUUAAAAAGCUUAUAAAUUCUAUAAUAGAAGUUGGUACGUUAAA